ACAACAUUUGAAUCAACAAAACAUUGAAUUGUGUUUUCAUUGGAUUGAGUGGUCAGUGGAUUCAGUAGUCAGUGAAGACACAAUUGAAGGAUGAGUUCAACGAAGAAGUUAUCGCAGAAGGAGUUGAGGGAAAUGAUGAGAGAUAGGGUGCAAUCCAAAGACAGUCAAAGCCUGCCAUCGGAUGACAAGAAGAAGACAAUAGACUCGCCGUUAGCUCGAUAUGACUCACGAGGAAUACUGUCGUGUAUUAUCUGUCAACAGACCAUCUCUUCAGCCACUCUCUGGUCAUCGCAUAUCAUCUCGAAGUCACACAAAAUGAAAAUGGAUGAAAUGAAGAGA